UAUAAAUCUAAUUAAUAAGAUUUAUAUGAAAUUUAAUUAUUAGAUCUUAACUUUUUUUGGGAGUUUAAAUAUAAUUAUCCCAUUAAUCAGUAUAGAAUUCAAUCAAAGAUUAAUGGUUGGAAUAUUUAGAUGCCAUAAAAGAACAGUGAAAACAUCAAUUUCCAUUUAAUAAAUUUGGUCAUAGGUAUAUGAGCAGCUUUUUCAAACUCACUAACAUUUUUUGCUUUUACUUCCUUAACUACACAUCGAUAUUUGAGAUGGCUUUUUUGGAUAAAUAACAAUCAACAUAAGCAACAGCCAAAUAAUAUGUAUCUCUUUUUAUAUGAUAGACAGAACAAACAUCAAUCAUCAAAUCCAUUAAUAUUGCUCGUACUUUUGAAUUGAUUUGAGUUUAAAUUGUAACCAUAUAAUCAGGAUUAGGAAAGUAUUCUAUUUCUUGCAGCAUAAGUGCUUAGAGAGUCUUAGAUGAAAAUCCACCAAUUUAGG